AUGACCGAGGCCAAGAGCGGCGACACGGUACAACUACACUAUAAGGGCACGCUGGACGACGGCUCGGUUUUCGACAGCUCGGAAGGACGCGAACCACUGGAAUUCACGGUCGGUUCAGGUCAGAUCAUUCCGGGUCUCGACCGGGAAAUCGCUGGAAUGAAGGUUGGUGACGAAAAAACUGUGCGCAUCGAACCGGAAGACGCCUAUGGGCCUUCCGACCCUGCAGCAAGGCAAACGGUGCCGCGCGCGACGAUACCUGCCAACAUCCCGCUGGAAGUCGGACUGCAACUGCAGGCGCAGACCGAGAACGGCCAGACAAUGUCCGUCACCGUCGUCGAAAUCUCCGACGACGAAGUCGUGAUGGACGCAAAUCAUCCACUGGCAGGAAAAGCGCUGACAUUCGAGAUUCAGCUGACGGGGAUCAGUUGA